AUGUCUGCUCUACCUUUCCCGCAGAAGCAUAGAAGAGAGGAGUUGGACAAACAAUUCGGGCGCUUUCUAUUAGUGCUCAAGCAGGUGCAUGUGAAUAUACCUUUCAUGGAGGUGCUUUCACAGAUGCCAUCUUAUGCUAAAUUCUUGAAGGAGGUAUUAUCCAAAAAGCAAAAAGUGGAAGAGACAUCGGUUGUCAAGCUCACAGAGAAAUUAGAGGGAGAUAAUGGAGAAAUCAGGUCGAUACUUGUGUCCUUGCAGCUAACGGAUCAUACCACAAUCAUACCUGAAGGAUUAAUGGAAGAUGUGCUAGUUGGGGUGGACAAAUUUGUGUUCCCUGUGGACUUCAUUGUGGUGAACAUGGAGGAGAAUUGGGAUAUCCCUCAGAUUUUAGGAAGACCCUUCUUGGCUACGGGUAGAGCAAUUCUGGAUAUUCAGGAAAGGCAGCUCAUGCUUAGAGUGAGAGAGGAAAGGCCGAUCUUCAAGAUGGAAGGAGAAAGGGGGUCCCGAAAGGAGCAACUUGGAGAGAGUAAAACUAAUAAGUGUAGAAUGUACCUAGAGAAGGCCGAAAAGAAGCUCUCAGCAUGGAUGUGUGCAUUGGGUCGGGCAUGCAAAGGAGAUCCUGACUUAGAUUUAGACCCCAACUAG